GACGACGACGACGACGACGACGAAGAGCUUCCAGGAGAACCACAAGUUCCUCGAGAACAGGUCCUGCAAGAACGAGAACAGUUCCCGCAACAGUGGCAAGCGAGACUGGAGAAAUCGGAACAGUCACUCUGGAGACAACCAUCUUUAAAGAAGGGUACGACACACUCGACCUCCAUUCAAGCAGUGCCUCGGGGCACUCGAGAUCAGCCUAGGCGAUUGAAUGCACCCUCAAAACAUGAUACACUCUCUCAUGUUCCUUUCUUUCCACAGGGACAACAAGAGUUCCUCUCAAGCUAUUCUAGAGUGUCGCGGUCACCGUCUACUCCACAUGCUUUGAAGGUGUCGGAGGAUCUUCUCGGCGAGACCGAGAAAUAUUUCGAUAUCUCUUGUCAAAACAUGAAAUUCGACGCCUAUGAAACCCUUCUCCUUCCGUCUGGCGCACCAAUGCAUAAUAACUUAUGCGAAAAUUUCGACUCAUAUUGCUUCACUGCUACUCUGCUCCAUGGAAAGGGAUUGAACUUCGAGUUUGGCCGCGCACUUUCGAAAGCCUGUGAUCUUGUUGAAAAAUUGGUUCGAGCCGAGCAUCCUCGAACUCUGGCCUGCUUUCUCGAAGUGUUCAUCCACCUUAUACAAACCGGACAUCCUGAUGUGACUUCAUACCUCCGUGGCUUCAUCCGAGACAUGUCUCUCAAAGUCACCAAGGAAGGGCAUCCUUGGGGUCGGAUAUGUCAGCUCCUCGGCGAACUUGACGAGGAGUCUCUUGGCGAGGCCAUGGCCCAAACCUGGAGGUGUAUGAUUGAUACUCUCGAUAGGCAACUUGGAGCAUCCAAUCGGUUCGCGGUGUCUGUUCGUCUCGAUUAUAUAAAGCGGGUGUACGGGCCUACGGAUUGUCUUGAAGAACAACGGCUUCUUCAAAAUCUCCUUCGUCAGUUCGGAGGCAUAUCUAAAGUCUCGACCCCGCGGGUGAUGCUCAACCUGGCGCAUAAUCUGAACAGACAGAAACGCUACGACGCCGCGGAGACGACAGCGCAGGAAGUCCUUUCACUCCUCGAUAGGGAUGAGAUCUAUGCUCAGAGGAUCGUUGAGAGGAUAGAAUCUCUGAAAAUCAUUUCUCAGAGUCAAUUCGGCCGAGGGAACGCUCCGGCAGCUGAGAAGACUAUGCGACAGGCGAUAGAGAUGAUUGCGGGGCGAUGGGGAAGGCAACAUUCUUGGGUCCCUGAAUUCAUGGUUGUUCUGGAAGGUUGGCUUCGAGGUUGGGGCCGGGAAGAGGCCGCGAACAAACUGAAGGGAGAAAUAGAAGAUUUGAUGGGAGGCGAUAAAAUGGUCGAGCUGCUUGAUGAGGUGUAAGGCUUGCCUUGUUGAGAUGUCACCGCGAGAAGCCAAAAUAUAUACACAUAUAUACUUACAGUUAUAUACUCUAGUGGAGAGCAUUUGGAUCAAAUAUUAAGUGAAUGUCAGCCAAUGAUAUUCGCUUUAUCAACAUU